AAAUCAUUUCAAGUACUUUAGAUAUGCUUGAUUGAUCUUGCAGUGUGCAAUAGAACCUAUAGAGUAGUCGCAAAAGUGCAAAUCCUGUCCAUCCAGCAAUCCAGGCAGGUUUAAGCAAACUCUCAUAAUAAUACCUGAAAUAUUUCAUAUAGUAUUUGAACCCAGGCCUGCUUCUCAUGCAGUAAGCAGAUGCAUGCACUGUAUACAGUACAUGAGCACUCCCUCAAACAGUCAUGACAGAACCCGGUCUUACUCUGCUACAGUAAGGGUCAGGUGCAACACUGCAACCAACACAACAACCAGCACAACCUUAUACCACAGCCUUUGAGCAGAGACCUGCAAGCUAAACCUACAGACUCAUCCUAUAGCGACGUUGCAGGCAUGGCCAAUCACACCAGCGUCCUGAGAUGCAUCCUGCUGCUGCUAUUGGCUGUCGCUCUGGCCUCGGCUUUGAGAACAUUGGACACGAAUGAAGAGCUGGAGAAGACUGGCUUCGGGACCCCGCCCCCUCGCCACGGCCUCAAACUACUCCUCUGGUAUGUCCAGACCUGCAUUGACAACAACAUGGUGUCUCUCUGUGACCCCAGGGAGGGAGCAUACGGGUUCCAUAUGUUCAAGAACUAUAAACUGUUACUCCCCAAACUGAAAGACCAGAACCUGUACACCUACUACACCAUUGGUAACCUCCAUUCCCAUGGUGCAGAGAACCUGCCCUAUGAAGUGAGGCGGUACUACGACAAGGACAACCUCCUCAGCAACCAGGACCGGGUGUUGGUGAAGUACAACCAGAACAACAAUCACAUCGAGAAGAUCUACAUCUCAGAGCACUACAAGCAACGCAAGACGUACAUGAUCGGGCCCAAUCUUCUCUCCUCUCUCAGACAGCCCAGUUGGCUUGCAAUGAUAUGAUAGUAUGAAUAUCAAAUCUGUACAUUAUGCUAUUCACUGUUGUUUUUCUUGACACAAACCUGAUGGCAUUACUAAACCUGUAAUAUGUCAACCUGA